AUUUUGCUGAGCAAGAAGAAAAAUGGGAAACAUAUUUUCAACCUGUUGUAGGGGUAAUGUAGAGAAAUAUAGGGAAAUAAGCAAUGAAUCCAAGAUAUGUGAUGAUAAUGAAGAGGUAGAUGAGGUUGACAGGACUAAUACUGGCACUGGAUAUACACACUUGGACGAAGAAAGAAUUGAACCUGUUGUGAACUCAUUGGUUUCAGCAAUAGCUGAAGUAAGGAUCACUCCAGAGGAACCAACAGAUUUUACCAAUACCACCCAACAGAACGAGAGAAUAGAAAUAGUCCAGGAUGAAGAAAGAACUGAAACAGUUAAACCUGUUGUGAACUCGAUUGUUACUCCAGCGACUGAUGCAAAAACAUUUUUAGAAGAACCAGUUUUAGAUUUUCCGUUUCUAAAGAAUGAAAAAACAAUAUCUUUUAUAAGAAAAUCAAAUACAAUAUUUAUAAUGAGAGGAGUUCCGGGCUCAGGGAAAUCUACGAUUGCUAGAGCCCUGAAACGGGUGUAUCCUUAUGCUGUUUUGUGCAGUGCUGAUGAUUAUUUUAUGAAAGGAAGUGAGUACAUUUACAGAUCAGAUGAUUUAGGGAGUGCUCAUAGAUUCUGCCAAGAAAAAGCAACGGAAGCUGUUAGAAAUGGCGCUAAUGUCAUCAUCAUUGAUAAUACAAACAUAAAACGAUGGGAAAUGAAAUUUUACUUGGAUCUAGCCAGGCAACAAAAGUAUCAUAUUGUUCUAGUACAACCCAAAACUGACUGGAAAGACAACCCAAGGCUUUUAGCAUCAAAGAACAGCCACAAUGUUGAUGAAGAGACCAUACGUCAAAAGAUCAAGGGUUUUGAAGAAUAUGUGCCGUUUUACUAUGCCUGGUUUUUAAACAGAGAAGAUAGUAUGUUGGUACAUCAGAAAUGUUACAGAACUCUAACAUACUGUGUGGAAAAUAUUUCAGGAUUUUGUUCAUUUAUUCUAGGAGAAGACUACAGUUCCAGUGAAUUUCUUGAAUAUUUCAAAUUGCGGGAGAUACCUGACACAACAUAUCACUGCACAGCCAAGUUCUUAGGUGGGCCUAAAAGUAACAUCAGAGGCAGGCUGGAGUACCACAACAGUAACAACGUCCAGGAAGCUUACGGGAAAAGUUUCACCAUAGUCAUGACUGGGAUGAUUGUCACAUCAUCAGUGGUGGCCAUUAGAAUAAAGUUACCCUCCGAAGAAGCACUGAUGUUGUUUGACAAACCAGAGGAAAAUGCAGAUGGUAGUUUCCCAAAUAGAUUCUGUCAUCAGAAAGGAAGUAGUGCUCAUUUAACAAUGGCUACAGCUGAGGGAGUCCCAGCAAAACACAGUAAUGCAGAUUUACUGGCGGUUUGUGAAAUGGAGAAGACUGGAUCCAAAAGUAAACCACCCAUCAACCUGGGUUUUGGAGUAGUUCACUUCUUGGAUAGAGGUUAUUGUUCAAUUCUUUUUGAUCAGCAUUUGGAAUUAUUUUCCCUAUUCACAGGAUCAUAAAGCAGAAAAAUUUUUAGUGUUUUAUUAACAAUUUUUUUUCAGAAUGGGAAAAUGAGUUUACUAUACAGUAAAAUACGCUUAUAGUAAACACACUUAUAAUGAAUUUUUGCUUACAGCGAAGUGAUUUCAUUCCCUGUGGUUUUAAAAAGUAGUGUGAACACAACAUAUAUAAUCAAGUACAUUUAUAUCAAAGCCAAAAUGUCCGUCCCUGGCACUUCACUAUAAGCGAGUUUUACUGUAUUGUGAAGUUUUUUUGUAUAUGCAAGUUUUUCAGGAGAUUUUUCUAAGUGUAUAUUCUUGAAUAUCACUUUCAUUUUAUUCCACAUCUGGACCAGAACUUUGCUAAGAAGAAGCUUUUAUUUAAUUAUUUAUUUUUCAUUCUUUUAGUUGAAAUUAAGGCAUUGUAAUUUGAGCCAUUUUAAAUUGUUAGAUUUUCAUUAAUACUCCUUAUUGAUAUUUUGUG